UAUACUUAUUGUAAAUGCUAGUCAACUUUCUUAAUGGUUAGUUGGAGAAUUGCUUUUGCGGGCUGAUCCGCGACCUAACCGCAUCCAUCCGCCACCCAUCAAACCCAACCCCCAGAUGUAUGUGGGUGGAUUGCGGAUCACAAUUAUUCCAACCCGCUAGUAAGUGGGCGGGUCAAUUUGAGACCAAAACUCAUCCAACCCGCCCGUUGCCCACCCCUACUCUAUAGUAACAUGACUAAAUUUAGGUGGAUAUAGAUGUACUACUUUGCUACACUAUUUAUACAUUCUUAACAAAUACAUAACUCGGUUUAUACUUUAUAGUCAAAGGUAAUUGUUACUAAAACUGCACUUAAUAGCUACAGAAAACAAACAUUUACAGCUAUCAACCUAUAUUAGCUACAACUUCAUUUUCAGUGGCUAUCCGUUUUUUGUGGCAAUCAGAGGUAACUAUUGUAGUGUCGAUUCUCAAAGGGUUCAAAAGGAUAGCUCACUCUUGAGAUCUCGGUUCUUUUCAUGAUGGAUCAUUUGCAUCUAAGUUAGUCGUGUUUUUGUUGUUGUAGUGUCGAUUCCCAACCGGCUACCAACCUUGGAUAACAACACAGUUGGUUUUUGUGUUUCUCACGUAUGAGCUAUUACGAACAACUUCGUCAAUUGAGAAAAGAGGAGACUAGGAAAAAAUCCCAACAUACACCAAUAAUUAAAAAAUUGCAAAAUACAUAAGAUAAAAAAAAUUCACAAUCUACACAUGUUUCACAAUCACCGCCUUUGUCUAAGGCAGUGAAUAAGAUCACCGCAUUAGUUUAAAACGGUGAAUAAGUCACCGCGUUUAAUGAAGACGAUGGAGAAAUCACCGUGUUUAUCUAAAGCGGUGAAAGGUUCACGCGUUUUACUUAAAUGGUGAAGCAAUCACCGUGUUUGUGAACAACGGUGAACGGAUCACUGUUUUCAUGCAAAGCGGGGAACACCUUCACCGCUCUAGGUUACGGCGGUGAUAGUUUCCCACGUUUCCCACCCCUGGUAGGUGAGAGUUAGGUCAGAACGACCUAACAUUCACCGCCUUAGGGCAACGCGGUGACUACAUUCACCGCCGUUGACAAACACGGUGAAUACUGACUGAUUUUCAUAUAAAUACCACUCCCACGAGCAGUUGGAAAAACGUAACCCCCUCCCUCUUCAAAUUUCAACAAAAAAAAACCGAGCAACAUACACAAAAGCUAUUUUUCGGUAUGAUUUAAUUUUGUAUUUUAUAUGAUGAUGCUUUUAGUAGUUAUAUGUAUGUAAUGAAUUACUUAUAGUAGCAAAUAUGUUAUGUUAGUUGGGAAUUUAUGUUGUUGUUAGUUAUGAGAUGGAGUAAUAUUAGUCGUACGAUAUGGUUUUGGUUAGUUUUAUUGGAAUUAAGCUAAUAUUUACUUAUUGUAAAUUGUAGAUAUGGGUAAAUUCAAGAAGUUUCAGCUUAUUAUUCGGUGUAAUGGAAGGGUGACAAACUCUGACAUUGGGAUUGAUUAUGAGGACGGUGAAUCCAAUAUGUUGAAAAUUGAGUCGCGAUUCAUGUGGCAAGAACUCUGUGACAUUUGUGCAGACAUGGUUUGUACGAGCGCACAGACGAGAGUUGGUAAAAUUACUUACCGGUAUCCAGACAUGAGUGCUGGUAGGGUUGUGUACCAAGAAGUUGUCAUAAACGAUGAUGACGCGGUUACGAUGAUGUUACAGUUCCUAGGCGAUAACAGGAUGCAGCUUACAGAGGUCUAUGUUGAGACCGAGGCGGCCGGUGAAACUCAUUCUCACCAGUAUUCUUAUAAUGAUGGUUUUGUAGGAGGGUACGGAUGGGGUGGUAGUUCAAGCAACUACGAAGGAGGUGGUUAUACAGGAGGUUACGAAUUGGGUGGUAGUUCAAGCAACUAUGGAAGAGGUAGUGGUGCAGGAUGGGUGGCAUCGGAAGAAUACCCGCAACGGGAUGAACCUGCCUCAUUUGUUGAAGCCGGUGAGGUUCAAUGGCCUGCUUGGGGGCCAGAGUGGGCUGAAAUCGAGAAUACCAUUCGAUUUGGGCGUACUUCACAUGAGCGAGAAGACGAUGUUGUUGAUGGUGGUCAUGUUGAUCAUUCUUGCCCGAGCUAUCCAUUCGAGUCGAGCGACGAUGAUACUGAGGAAGAUUUUAGAUCAGUGAGGGGAGAGGAAGAAACUGAUGAUACAAACGACGAGGUGGCAUUUCGUGAGCCACCGACGCCAUUCUACACACAGGUUCCAACUCAAUUUUUACAUAGUCGGAAUGAUGCCAUAGACGUUGUCCCUAUGCCAGUGUAUGAUCCGACGGCCAAUUUGGAGGUGGAUAUGGCGUUCACAUCGAAGGAUGCUGUGCAGUAUGCUUUUACUGAAGAUGCCAUGCGACGCAAUUUCGAGUGGAAGGUAAAAUAUACUGACAAUAAAUAAACUACAUGUCAUAUGAAAAAAUGUUGCAGAAGGUUGUAUGUGGCAACUGCGGGCUGCAAAUAUGAAGAGAAAGGGUGUCUGGGUGAUUCGAAAAGCUGAGUACAACCACAACUGCUCCUCGUCCAUACUUUCUCAGGAUCACCGGCAACUUAAAGCAAAGAAAGUGGGGAAAACUAUUAAGCACCUUAUCGAGGCACAACCAGAUAUCAAGGUCAAAACUAUCAUGGCCGAGGUGAAGGAUCAACAUUAUUACACGAUAAGGUACAAAAAGGCAUGGCAUGGUAAGCAGAAAGCCAUGGGUGAGGUGUAUGGUGAUUGGGAGGACUCGUAUGCUUUACUCCCUAGACUUGUGGCCGCAAUGGAGGAGUCCAACCCUGAGACUGUUUUCGUGCCUUCAUACAACAAUGUAUACACUGAGGAUCAAGUUCUAGUACAGGAAAACUUGAUGUUUCACCGUCUAUUUUGGGCUUUCAAACCAUGCAUUGACGGGUUUGCGUUAUGCAUACCUGUUAUCCAGGUAUUUUAAUAACUAAUUACUGUUAGAAAAGUUCAAUUUUCCUGCUAUGUAAAUUUCAUACUAAUUAGAACCUAAUUUUUAAUUAGGUUGAUGAAACUUUCCUUACUGGGAAGUAUAGAGGCACUCUUCUCAUUGCCAUUGGCGUUGAUGGAAAUAUGCGGAUUUUCCAGCUUGCAUUUGCAUUAGUGGAAGAGGAGAACAGCUUAAAUUGGGCAUGGUUCUUUGACCAACUACACGAACAUGUGACACAGCAGCAGGGUAUUACGAUUAUAUCUGAUCGACACGUGGGCAUUAGGAAUGUCGUGGGUGGUUUUCCUACUAAAUGGGGAUGGACAUGGAGCUGGUGUAUUCGACACUAGCUUGCCAAUUUCCAACACAAAGUCGGGAAGAAGAAAGACAUAAAAGAUCAAUUGUGGCAUGCAGGUACUAAUGUCUUUUAAUCCGAGUUAACUAUGCAUUUAAUAACUUUGUAUUUAUCAU